AUGUCAUCUUCCAGAGGCCUCAGAAGCCUCUAUAGAGAACAGACACCAGAAUAUGAUUUGAACAAACUCUCCAAGGCAAGCAAAAAAGUAAUGAAAAAGAAAACAUCACCAACAACUACCUUCGCUCUAUACUCGACAACAAACAACAUGUCUCAAACAAAACCAACACAAGCAACAACCACCAAAGACAUCAACAUGGAAGAAGCUUCCCAAAGCCAGGAAAUGAUAGACAUGAACGAAGGACUAACCAAAAUUGCCAUAGCCCCUGAAAAAAUUCCAGGAGCCACUCCAGCAGAGAAACUCCAAUACGUUAAGAAGAAAAUGACCAAAAUCCCUUCAUACAAAUAUACAAGAUAUGAGAAUCACACAGGAGAAGAAAUUUUGGUAGCACUUUUUGGAAAAUAUGACAAAGCAAAACAAGCAUGCACAACUUCAUUUGUAGAAGGAGGCAACACCUUCUUCAGGAAAGUCCAAGCUACAGAUACAAAAGAAGCACUCUCGCGCACAAUUCGCAUCUGGGAUAUUCCCACAGAUCUCACCAAAAAAGACAUAGCAACAGCACUGGCCAAUUACGGACCGAUCGACCAAAUCACAAUUCAACAGGCCAAUUCCUGUUUGUCGAGUACUGUCACACUACACAAUAUGGACGAUUAUUAA